AUGGAUAGUUAUCCACCAGAAUUUAUUCUUCCGCAUGUUCCUUUAAUGAUGGUGAUGGGUCUAAACAGAGAAAAAGACUCGUCAUCAGAACAAUCCAACAGUAAUAAUAAUCCUCCCGCUCCUGUCAAUCCAAAAUCUGGUGGUAGUGGCUUACAACGAAAUUCAUCAAGUUCUAAUACUCUACCAGGCUUAACAACUAAUCAAAUAUCACAAUCUUUAAUAUCGCUUUUUGUGAACAAAGCUCAAGCUAGUGUUUGGGAUCUUGGGAAAAAUUCUAAUACAACAUUCAAUGUGACAUUUGUUGAUAAGAAUUUUCAAUUUCCUCCACGAAAACCAUUGAGACCUCCAUCAACACCUCAUCAUUCCUCACUAUCGCCAUAUACACCAGGGUCUCCGGUACAUCCUGAUGGUUUAAUUCCUCAACUUUGGGUUCGAAGACAUCGAGAAAUUUUGCCAUGUGGUAAACAGGAUGAAGGUCAAUUGGGUUUUAAUGAAAAUCCAGAAAAGGAAAGAGAUCACGCUUUAGCAAUAGAAAUUAAUGAAAAGAGAAAAUCUUUAACAGAUAGAGGAAUUAAAUUUGCUGCAGUAAUUGUCAUAAAAACACCUUUUGAAAGGUUGAAUUAUAUAAGAAAAGUUAGUGGCUUAUAUGUUAGAAAUUGCUUCUUCGUAUUAUAUCCAAGUUCAUAUGACGAAUUGCAAAAUUUUGUUAUAAAUUUGCAAAAAUCAUUAUAUGAGCAUGGAUUAAAUUAUUAUCGGGAAAAUAGUAAAAGAAUUAAACGUAAAAGAGCAACCUCAUCAUUUAGCAUCAGCAGCCCUGGCUAUAAUCAACAACAACUUAUAGAUUAUCCACUAUCUGCACCAACACCACUUGGCACUCAAGGAUGGAUGAUUCGUUAUGAUUAUAAAUUGGCUGUUUUUGCUGAAUUUCGUCAAGAAUUGGAUGCCGCUUUAAAUUAUUAUGAAUCAGCUUAUAAUCUUCUCACGGAUCUUUUCUCCCCUGAAUCUGUCAUCUCACCAGGAGCUCCCGGCCUAACGAUUCGUAGUAAACGUUGGGAAGAAGCAAGAAUUUUGACAGAUUGUAUUAACAUUAAGAUUUGUAAAAUAAGUAUUCUCAUGGAUUCACCUUUGGGUGCCUUGGCUCAAUUAAACAAACAUGUGAAAACAUUUAAACAAAUAUGUAAUAAGUUAGGAAUAGGAGAAGAUGACACAUUUGAGUAUUGGUCAUGGUUGUCUAAACAAUAUCGUGUAUUUGGUGAAAUAAUAGAAGUUGCAACAAGAUCUGGUUUUAUCAUACAAGAUGCAUCAAAACUGUCUCACUCUAUUUCAGCACCAUCACUGUCUGCAGAUUAUCGUUACUCUUUAAGCAGUAACAGUAAUCCAAACUUUGGUGUAAAUCCAACCAUGGUUUUGCAACAUCCUGGUUUCUAUUAUUAUUUGGCAGCUAAAUAUAAUUCUAUUAAAAGACAAAAAUUUUUAGAUAUAGAAAAGUCGAUACAUGAAGGGAUAGACGUUGUUGCAAAGAUACCAGAUUCUAUAUUAGAAGCUGAACGGAUGCUUGAUCAUUCAGGAUUUUUUGAAAGAAUUGCUAAAACAUAUCGUAAAGAAGGUUGGCAUACUAUUUUAGAAUCAAUUCUACAAUUAUCCUUGAGGUGUGCAAAAGUUCUUGGUAAUUGGGAAGAUGUUGUCAAAUAUUUGAUUGAACUUUUAUCAGACCAAUUUAUUAUGGAUGAACAAAAAAGAACUGAAAUUCAAAAUGAGUUAACAAAUAUUAUUUUUCGUAUAGAGAAUCUUGGUAAUAUUAAGCCAGUUAUUCUUAAUAUGAAUGAAACAAUAACAUGUCAUGUUCAAUUCAAACAAUCCAUGGCUUUUGUUGGUGAACCCACUUUAUUUCAAGUCACUAUAACUACAUCACCUGAUUCUCCUCCUUUGCCUUUACGGUUUUCAUUCAUACGCUUCACAUUUAGUGACGCUCAUUUUAAUCAUUAUUUAAAGGAUAAAUUGCAUGAUGAUGAGGAAAUUGAUGACUCUAAAAUUCAAUUGAUAGAUUGUAAAGAUUGUUCCUGGGAAGAGGUUGAAGGUGGUGAAGGUUACGCAUGGGUGAAAGAUGUGAAACUUAUUUUUCAAAAAGGUGUAACAAGAGUUUUCGAAGGCAUAAUAACGCCAAAAGAGAGUGGUGAAUCUCAUCUUCAAGUUGUUACACUUGGAUUUUUAAAUACUAAAUGGAGAAUCGAACUCCGUUUUGAUUUAAGUGGACAACGUGAAACCCAAUCAAGACGUAAAUGGCAUAUAAAAACCGCUACUGUACCAACAUUUAAAAAUAUUAAAGAGCAAAAUAUAUUAAAAGUGACAAAAAAACCACCCAAAUUAGAAAUCAAAGCAAACUUUUCCAAUCCAGUUUUAUUAGAUGAGUAUUAUCCAAUUGAACUUGUUGUCACUAACUUGGAAUCAGAAGAUGUUAAGGCAUUUAUGAAUAUUGAUAUAAUUAACGAUUUGAAAGAUAUUGAUCUUGAUAUAAUACCUGCAGGUCAAUCUUGUGUAAAAACCAUUUAUAUUAUUGGAAAAAAGACUAUAAAUUUUAGAACAUUACAUUUAGUUGUAAAAUGGGUUGAAAAGAAAGAAGAAAUUAAAGUAUCAUUUAUAGAACCAUUUACAGUUUCUUAUAGUAUUGUUCCACAGAUUGAAGAAAUAAAGCAUGAGAAAGAUGCUACUAAUUCUGAAAAUUCUCCCGUCGUCAUUAAAAGAAUUGACCGACAUCUUUUGACUGCAAAAAUUACAAGCAAUGGACCUUGGGACCUUUUAGUAACUGGAAUUGAUUUGGUUUUGUUGGGUCAAGCGAAUUCUCAAGCUAAAAUUGAAAUUAUAGAAUCAAAGAACAAUGAGUUGGAAGAUCAAAUAUGGAAAACUGGUCAUAAACAUCAGGUUAAUUAUUUAUUAGAACUUACAAUAUUGGAUUAUAUUUCUAAUGAUUAUAAUAUCGAUGUUGGAUUACUUGACAUUCAAUGGAAAAGAAAAGAACUCAUUAAAAAUAUUUUUAUUCCAUAUACUGAGACAACAAUGAUGACGCCACAAAUAAUAAUUCCUAAAACUGAUUUAACCGCGAUACUAACAAUUCCAAAAAAAUCAAUUGUUGGAAAAAUAUUCACUCUAACUUUAAAAUUAAUCAAUUGGACCAACACUCAAAUAAAAAUAGAUGUCAUGGUUGAAGUAAAUGACACAUUUGUAUUUUCAGGCUAUAAACAGACCUAUUUUAAUGUUUCACCAUUAGGUUCAUACCUGUUCAAGGUUAACUGUUUUCCAUUGGUACCUGGUAAAACGAGAUUGCCAAAAAUUAAAAUGAUCAAAAAUAAAGUUGUCGAUGAUAAUAAUGCUCACGAUGAUGAUGAAAAUGAUAAUAAUGGAAACAAUAAAGAAAUUCAUAUUAUGGCACCUGGGUAUAAAGAAGUUUCAGAAGAUGAAUGGUUUUUUAUAUUUAUUAAACCUAAAACUAAAAUUUAG